AAGACUAUCAUGCUGUGGCUUUUGUACAUUCUACAGCUUGCACAAAGUCUUGCUUUUCCAUACUUCAGGAUGAGGGUGCUUAUUUGUUUAAUAUUUGUUUUUGUUUCUGUCGCCAGUGGUUCUCAAAAGUGCUCAGAAUACGAUUUCCCGUGCGAUGAUGGCGAAUGUAUAGAUUCGGCACUGUGGUGCGACUCGCAGAAAGAUUGCAGUGAUGGAUCAGACGAAAAAUAUUGCAAAAAAUCUGGCUACUUUAACAAAGAUCCUAACAACUGUCCGUCAAGUUACUUCAAAUGCAACAAUGGACCUUGUAUACCCCUAAUCGGACGAUGUGAUGGGUACGAGAGUUGUGAAGAUUCGUCCGAUGAAAAGAACUGUGGAAAUCCAAGCUCUGCUGAAGAAAGUGAUGAGACACCUCCUUCCUCUACUCCAGUGUCUCCAUUGGGAGUACGGAUGUCACCAGCAGCCGCAUCAACCCUACGUACUACCACCACGACCAAGCAGCCUCUGGUUAAACCAGAAUCUCGUGCUCCGAAACAUUCUGACACUGCUGAUGAUGUGCACUUCUCUGUUCAGACUGUAUAUUCAAAUGUGCGUCCUUCUGGCUACACUCAUCAGCGCAACAUGGCUCGCACUUGGCUUAUUUCACAAAGGAAAGGCGACUUUGGUUGGGGAGAUGAAACUCCAAGGGCUGUAACUGCUCUAUACCUCUCUAAUGUGCAACAGGCGGCCAGUAGAAAUGAAACCGACUUGCUAAUGGUGAAACAACUUGAAGUACAGCUUUCUUUAGACAUAGCCAGAAACGGAACGAAAGUUAUGAAGCUGACGAAUCUUGCAUUGUAUAUAAAUGCUCUUAUGGCUAGCUGUAAAGAUGCUAAGAACUUUUAUGGUGAGAACUUGGUUCAAACUUUGCGUAAUGGUGUGGAUGCUGCCCAUAGAUCAGCUGAAUUCAUUAACCCAUCUGUUUAUCUGACUCUCUGUAUCAACAACGCUACUACUUAUGAUGACACAAGGAAACUACACGACAUAUUUACAAGCAAAAUUGCCUCCAUGGUUAGAAUAGAUAUCCAAGCACUGGCGCUGUUGACUGCUACUUGCAUUCAUGGAAAUACGAAUUUCCUUGCUGCAUCGAUGUAUGACGGCUUGAGAAGUCGGUUUAUUCAAAGAAUGAAGGUCGGUGGCCUGCCAGGAAAUGUUUAUGAAGCGGCUUUGAUCGCACAGGCUCUCCAAGAAAUGAAGGUAACCCAGCCAGGCCUACUGGAAUUCAUACUGAAGCAACAGCAGGGAGACGGCUCAUUCGGUAGCAUAUUAGCAACAUACUUGGUAUUACCCGUUCUAGCUGGUCGAAGUUUUCUGCAAAUGAACGACCACUGCGGCCAACGGUACAUCUCGGAUCUUGCUCCUCUUGAGGUACUGAAAAACUCGAAGCGUAGAAAGAUAUAUGUACAGUACGCUCUGAACUAUGGAAAUCCUCCUCAAAUAUCGCAAAUGAUCCAAAUGCAAGUAGCCGAAGGGAUCAACUUCUUGGAUGUCAUGAGACUUGCACAAGAAGUCAAUCCAAAAUACAGGUUUUUGUUGGAUGGCCAUCGUGAAAAUCCAGUUGUUUAUUCAAUUGGUGGUAUUCCCAAUGAUGCUGAAAAAGGAAUGUUUUGGACACUCCACUUGGCUUCCAAUAGUAACAGGGCUAGAGGUGACGCAGGGCGUCUUACUCCGUAUUCAGGAAAUAUCAAGGAAUUGAUUCCUCAUGCCGGUGACGAAUUUGUUUUUUGGAUGCGAUCCCUAUAAUUCACUAAUAACGUUGUUUUUGUUAUUUAUUGCGGACAUUUAAAACUGGAAAUAAACUAAUCGUUUUUA